AUGGUUGUCAAACGGGUACACAACUGGGACGACGACGAGCCGCUGGACUUGGAAUCACUUGGCCCUAGUAAGAAGAUUCAGAAGAAGCUGCGUGUGGACCGUGAGGUCAUCAACGCUUCGAAGAUCGUGUUCGAUGAGGAAGGCAACAGUGCCAAGAUCGCAGACCGUCUAUCGGCGCGUAGUAGUGCGGACACGGAGUUUGCGGACGUGGAGCAGCACGCCAAGAACUACACGGAACAAGUGGCUGCUCGACUCGCUGCUAAGGACGAAGAGGAUCGUCGUCUGGAGAAGGAGCGUGUGCGUGCCAAGCACCACAAGAAACGCAUGAAGGUUAAGGGUGAGCGCGACGACGAGAGCGAAGACGAAGGUGCGCGUCUUGCCAAGAAUGUCGACCUCCAAGCUGUUGCCAGCCAGGAAGAAACGGCGUUGCGCAUGCUGCAGCGUCAUUAG